UGGGAGCCAGGAAGAACCAUGAAGUGGCUACUGCUGCUCAGCUUGGUGGUGCUCUCCGAGUGCCUCGUCAAGGUCCCGCUGGUCAGGAAGAAGUCCUUGAGGCAGAACCUGAUCAAGAAUGGCAAGCUGAAGGACUUCCUGAAGACCCACAAACACAACCCGGCCAGCAAGUACUUCCCCGAGGCCGCUGCCCUGAUAGGCGAUGAGCCCCUUGAGAACUACCUGGAUACUGAGUACUUCGGCACCAUCGGCAUUGGAACCCCCGCUCAGGACUUCACUGUCAUCUUUGACACCGGCUCCUCCAACCUGUGGGUGCCCUCUGUCUACUGCUCUAGUCUCGCCUGCAGCGACCACAACCAGUUCAACCCUGAUGACUCCUCCACCUUCGAGGCCACCAGCCAGGAGCUGUCCAUCACCUAUGGCACCGGUAGCAUGACAGGCAUCCUUGGAUACGACACCGUCCAGGUCGGAGGCAUCAGCGACACCAACCAGAUCUUUGGCCUGAGCGAGACAGAGCCCGGCUCCUUCCUGUACUACGCCCCCUUCGACGGCAUCCUGGGUCUGGCCUACCCCAGCAUCUCCGCCUCCGGGGCCACCCCUGUCUUUGACAACCUGUGGGACCAGGGCCUGGUUUCCCAAGACCUCUUCUCCGUCUACCUGAGCUCCAAUGACGAUAGCGGCAGCGUGGUGUUGUUGGGCGGCAUCGAUUCUUCUUACUACACAGGAAGCCUGAACUGGGUGCCUGUUUCCGUCGAGGGUUACUGGCAGAUUACCUUGGACAGCAUCACCAUGGACGGAGAGACCAUCGCUUGCAGCGGUGGCUGCCAGGCCAUUGUGGACACGGGCACCUCUCUGCUGACCGGCCCCACCAGUGCCAUUGCCAACAUCCAGAGCGACAUCGGAGCCAGCGAGAACUCAGAUGGCGAGAUGGUGAUCAGCUGCUCCUCCAUCGACAGCCUGCCUGACAUCGUCUUCACCAUCAACGGUGUCCAGUACCCUCUGAGCCCCAGUGCCUACAUCCUGCAGGACGAUGACAGCUGCACCAGCGGCUUCGAGGGCAUGGAUGUCCCCACCUCCUCCGGAGAGCUCUGGAUCCUGGGUGACGUCUUCAUCCGCCAGUACUACACCGUCUUUGACAGGGCCAACAACAAGGUCGGCCUGGCUCCCGUGGCCUGAGCCUGCGUCUCUCCAGCCACCUCCCAGGAAGAUCCUGCCUUGUUCUAUC